UCACAGAGUUGCUAUCGGGCCCGAGGCAGCACUGGGCAGCCCCAGCGGCCGCCAACCUCGGAGCAAGGCGGGGUCCUGAUCACGUGGUCCGACGACGCUGCUCCCCACCCCUGCCUGGGGUCGGGCCUGGUCUGCGCCUGCGCGGGCGCGGGCUCGCUCGCUCGCCGCCGGCCGUCCUGCGGGCGAGUGCCCGCGGCCGUGGGAAAUGCAGCUGUCAAUAUUGACUCCAGAAGAGAGAAGGUUAACAAUGGAGGACAUUGGGAAGGUUACCAGAAAGCUGUCGUCAUCAGUGCCAGGCUCGGUCGAUGUCACAGGUUAAAACGUUUCCCCAGAGAAGAAAGACCGUAAGCACCAUGAUGGACUCAGAAGCGCAUGAUAAGAGGCCCCCAAUGUUGACCUCUUCAAACCAGGAUCUGUCCCCUCACAUUGCAGACGUGGGUGAGAUAAAGCAUUACUUCUGUGGCUGCUGCGCAGCGUUCAACAACGUGGCCAUCACGUACCCUGUUCAGAAGAUCCUCUUUCGGCAGCAGCUGUACGGCAUCAAAACCCGGGAUGCGAUACUCCAGCUGAGGAGGGACGGGUUUCGAAACUUGUAUCGUGGGAUCCUCCCCCCACUGAUGCAGAAGACAGCCACACUGGCGCUUAUGUUUGGUCUCUACGAGGACCUGUCACGCCUGCUCCGCAAGCACGUGAGCGGUGCUCCCGAGUUUGCCACCAGAAGUGUGGCAGCGCUGCUUGCCGGGACAACAGAAGCCAUUCUCACUCCAUUCGAAAGGGUUCAGACUUUGCUUCAGGACCACAAGCAUCACGAUAAGUUCACAAACACUUACCAGGCCUUCCGGGCCCUGAGAUGCCACGGAAUUGCAGAGUAUUACCGAGGCUUUGUGCCUAUCCUUUUCCGAAAUGGAUUCAGCAAUAUCCUUUUUUUUGGCCUUCGAGGGCCCAUUAAGGAGCAUCUGCCUACCGCCACCACGAAUAGUGCGCAUUUGGUCAACGACUUUAUCUGUGGAGGUGUGCUGGGUGCCAUGCUGGGCUUCUUGAGCUUCCCGAUUAAUGUUGUGAAGGCUCGGAUCCAGUCUCAGAUUGGCGGGCCGUUCCAGUCUUUCCCCAUGGUUUUCAAGACAAUCUGGCUCGAGCGGGACAGGAAGCUGACCGGUCUCUUCAGAGGCGCCCAUCUGAAUUACCAUCGCUCUCUCGUCUCCUGGGGGAUAAUCAAUGCCACCUACGAGUUUUUGUUAAAGAUUGUAUGAUAUGGUCACUGCAGGAAAUGUUAUUCUCCACCAACUAGACCUAAAGAGAGUGCGAUUUGUCUUUGUUCCUAAUUGGCUUAAAUACUGGUUGGCGUAAGUCCAGGCCAUAAUAAGUUACGGACAAAGCAUUGACAAAAACAUAAAAGGUUUCAGUGGGCAGAUGUCAGGGUUUGAUCAUUACUCAAGAGCUUUAGGUUGUUACCUGGUAACUAGCCGUGUGUCUGAUGACCUUUUCAGGGCAGCUGUCAGCCAGAUUCCUUUUCCUCCCGGAAGCAAGUGUUGCUAGGCCUUCGGUGUGGAAACAGUGGCAUCGGCAGCCAGCGCAUAUGCUCCGUCCUAAGGCUUCUCAGGCCCACCUCUCACCUCCUUCAUUGCUUCUCCGCCCUCAGGGGUCGUCUUCACUAAACCCCAGCAUUGCACGGUGGGCGAGCAUCUUAACUGUCUAGUUCCAUGAUGAAUUGUUGGCUUUGAGACUAAGUGCUGUUGAGAUAGCCAUUUGCCACACUUUUUAUUUAGAUUUGGUGGGAUUGCGGUCAAUGAAAGCUUCCAUUUCACUGUUUAGCUUUGAACAUUUUGUUUAAUUCAGAAUGUGACUUUUAAGCCCUUCUAGAAUGUUCUUGUGCUUUUUUACUGAAUUCAUUGCCAAAAGAUAGGGUGACCAGUGGGGACAUUGUCCCUUGUGAGUAGUACCUGUCUUGUUCGUAUAUCCUGUUCUCUGGUACUAGACUUUAAAAAUAAACACUUCCAUAAAGUUUUA